AUGCCCGGAACCUCAUCUGUGGAGAAUAGGCUGGCGCAAUGGUGGUUUUCUCCAACCUUUAGGUCAUCUGUUCGCUAUGUCCAAAAUUUGGUUCCAUGUUUGAUCCUUUGGGAAACAUGGAAGGCCAGUAAUUCAGCAGUUUUUUAUGGGAGAUCCCCUUCACCUUCAUCGUUAAUCUCUCGCAUUUGCUGGUGGAUAUCUUUCAUCGGUAGGAACAGCCGAACGAGCAAUCAACUUUCCUCUGUUUCUACCAGCGUGCCCAACCCACAAGUGGCUGAUGUAUCCUUUUCCUUCAAUGUUAACAACACCCGUUCCCCCUCUUCCUAUCUAGUGGUGAAUUGGAGGAGACCCCCUUGCGGUUGGGUUAAGAUAAACAUAGAUGGGUCGGCCAGGGGCAACCCUGGAAUGUCUGGAGGUGGAGGGGUUUGUAGAAACGAGAAGGAUGUUUUGUUGUUUACAUUCUCAGAGGAAUAUGGGUUGGGCUCCAACAUCAGAGCCGAACUCCGAGCCAUUCACAAUGGGCUGUACCACUGUAUUUCCAGAGGCCACUGGUCAAUUAUCGUCGAAUUUGACUCUCAGCUGGUUAUUGAUUUCUUACUAGGCGUCGCUACCCCUUGUUGGAAAUGGAGCUACUGGCUAUCUCGGAUUGAAAAUCUCAAGCUUUCAGGUCAGGUCCAAUUCGCCCACAUCUUCAGAGAAGAUAAUGGUCCAGCUGAUGCCAUGGCCCGAUUAGGCAGCUCGAACCAAUCAUCGACGGUCGUGGACAGAUUGGCUGAUCUCCUUUCUCAUGUCUGGGGGUCCCUUUUCCUUGACAGAGUAGGGCUGGGUUCGAUCAGGGAGCUCUAG